AGAAUAAAAAAAUUUUUAAUUUUACUUAUGAAUUUAAAAAUUUGAAUAAAAUUCAAUUUUAUUCAAUAAUUUUUAAUUAAAAUAGUUAAAAGAAAAAUAAAUUUAAAGUAAAAUUUUACAAUCAUAUAGAAAAAACAAUCAUAAUGUUGGUCAGUUUAACACAUGCAGUCCGAAGAAAAUUUCGUUCCUUAUACCAAAGAGUUUUAAUUUCAUCAAUUUUGUUAGGUGUUGUAGUUUUUUCAUUCUCAUAUUUAAGUUUAGAAUUUUGUUAUAAAAUUUUAUCAUCAAGCAGUUUAAGUCAUAUGUGUAAUCAAUAUAAACAAAAUCAAUAUAGUGGGGCCCUGUGUGAAGAAUUAUGCAAUGGUGAAUCUUUUAAGGAUUUUAAAUGUCCUCACAAUUCAAUGAAAACGAUAAUGUUUACAGCUGUUAAAAAUAAUGAUAUCUACGCUAUUAAGCUUGCAAAGCAUAUAACAGAUGAUUUAACAUGGCGUGAUAAAAAUGGACUUACAAGGUAUCCUGAAAUGUUAGAAUUUCAAAAUAUCAUUAAACAAUACAUAACCAUUACAUAUAAUGUUACAAUUGAAGAUACAGUGAUACAUGCACUAUUGACCCAAGAAAUAGAUCCACAUAAUCCAGAGCAAAUGUUAAGCUUAUGGCGUUUAUUUAAAGAUAAUAAUUAUAUGAUGGGUAAAUUGUAUGAAGAGGAAUCGAUAUUUCCAAAUAUUUUAGGUUCAUGCGGUCCAUAUUAUGCAACAGAAAAUUUAGAUUCAAUUCAACCAGAAACUGGACUUCGUCAUUAUAUAACAAUUGAUUGGGAAGGUCGUUUAAAAUUUGCACUUAUGAUUAUGGAAUUUUUACAUCGUUUGGAUACAAUUAAACCGGAGCCAUUAAAAAUGUGCAAAGUUGAACCACAUCAUUUUGGUAUUACUUUUGAUAAAAGAAUCAAAUAUCAAACUGCACAAUACAUUCUUUCAGAAUUUCAAUUGGAAAGAUUAUUAACAGAUGGUUCACAUUGUGAGGUGGACAGUGAUUGCGUCUAUGAAUAUUGUUUAGGGAAAUGUGAUGAAACUCGAAAAAUAUGUACUGGUCAACAACAAAAUAAUAAUUUACAAAUUGUUUGCCAAUAUAUAUUCAAAGGUACUCGAUUAUUUCCGGGUCUAUUAUCAACAGCAAAAGCACCAUCAAGUCUUUUAGCAUUAUUAAAUAUUUGUAUAGAUCCAUCAAAAAAUGAAAAACAACAUAUACCAAAUCGUUUAUAUGCACCAACAUUAGAAAUUGGUUCAAAAUUAUAUAAUGAAAUUAAAAGGAUACACGAUGAACUUACAUUUCGGGCAUAAAAACCGGCCAUAUAAAAAAAAAAAAUAUUUAAAAAUUCCAAUCGAAAACCAUAUAAAAUUAAUUCAUUGUAAACUCGUAAUUUCAUAUUUUAUGUAAUUUUAAAAAUAUUUUUAAACCAAAUUCAAACUGUGAUUUUAUAUUUAAAUAACCAAGACAAAAAAAAAAUAAAUAAAACAUUCAUUUUAACAAUUCGUAGGCCAAAAUGAUAUUAAAAAAAAAAUGUAGAAGAAAAUCGAAAAAAAAAAUAGAUAAACCAAAAGUAGCAACCAAAAAAAAAAAGUCUCAUCUCAUGGAUAAGUUUUUUAAUUUAAAAAAUUUUUAACUCCUCUUUUCUAAACACAAUGGACCUGUUAUAGUCUUUAAGAUUACAAAAAUGAAAAAAUAUAUAUAUAUAUAAAGUGUUUCAAAACUAAUAAAAAAUUUUUUGGUAUUUGUUUUAAUUUUUUGUAAAACUUGUUCGUUAUAGACUCAUUUCUAUUAGUGCGAAUACGAAAAUAAAGAUCGGGAACCUGCCAAAAAAACACUCUCAAUUCGAUAAACUCUAAAGUUCUCAGAAAUUUCUCAUCUAGCAUACACUUAUAGUACGGAAAUUUGAUUCUUUAUCACUAAAGUUGACAAGAUU